AUGUUUCGCCUCGUGUCUGUUCCAAUCAUUUUUGUUUCCGUGUUCUAUGGACACGAGGCAGUUAGUGCUGCCGUAACUGGAACAGCAGUAAGGCUUGAUUGCUUGGCCGAGAUGAACGAGCUGAGGGAAGCCGCGGGACUCGCUGCCUUUGGGAAUGCAACCGCUGAAGAACAAGUGCUGCCGGAACCCACUCCUCCAGCAAAAGCGAUAGAAGCUGCAACUUUAUGGACCGAAAUCUGCAAAAAAAUGACGGGUGGUGAAACUGGAGGCACUGAAGCCAAAAAGUUACAGGGAACGUUCGCCUACUACCCCAACGGAAAAGACUGCAAGGCGGCGGUGCAGUACUGGAAGGAAGGGUUUUCGCUCUUCAAAAACCAGCUGCCUCCAACGUACACAGCGUCUAGUACUGGAGUAUACACCGACAGAGCCGUUUCCUUUGUCGCCCUCUACAACCCUCAGUCGAGUCCUCUAGCCAGCUGCGCCUCCGUCACCUGCACAGAAGGAGAUUCAUUUGCCACUCCACAGAUGUUAGAAAUUCACGAUGGGCGCUCAACAAGAAGACUUCAAGGUGAAGAGGAUCCUACUACUGUCACUACUGCCGUUAUCUGUCUGACGAACCCUAAGGCACUGACGGAUGGAAAAGCGCCGUUCAACGAAGAGGUGUGGCAAAAGAUUGUUCAAGCUAUAGUUGGUGAUCAGGAGAGCAACGGGGCUUCGCCAGUCAGGCCGUCAUUGGCAGUUGGGUUCAUAUUGAUGCUUUUUGCCUACGCGCUUUUUUAA